AUGGCCUUUGUCAACUGCCCGAUGGUAAGCCUCUCCUUCCUUCCGGUCCUCCUGGCGGCGAGCAUCGCCUCCCUGGGAGGCAUCCUAUUCGGCUUACGAUUCGGGAUAAUAGCCGGGGCUCUGCUGCAAGUUAGAGAGAUCUUCGACCUUUCGUGCGACGUCCAGCAGCUGGUGGUCGGAAGCGUGUUUUUCAGCGCGUUCGUGACCUCAUUUUUCGGAGGUGUCCUGGUCGACAACCUUGGACGCAAGAGGGCGCUCCUGCUGGCCACCGCCCUCUUCUUGGGCGGGUCGGCGCUGCAGAGCGUGAGCACGGGCCUCGCCAUGUUCGUGACGGCGCGGUUCAUCACCGGGUUCGCCAUCUCGCUGUCGACCACAGCGCAGUGCACCUACAUCGCCGAGAUAUCGCCUGCCGUCCAUCGUGGCCUGCUCAUGUCCCUGAGCGAAGUGGGCAUCACCGCCGGCUUCUUGUUCGCUUACAUGAUCAACUACGCCUUCAUCUCCUACGAGAAUGGCUGGCAGCUCAUGUUCGGGGUCGCCACGUUGCCGGCCCUGCUGGAACUGGUGGGGACGCUGUUCCUGCCACAGAGCCCGCACUUCCUCGUGCUCAAGGGACGCCACGAUGAGGCCCGAAAGGCGCUCACCGUCAUCCACGGGGAGAACGCGGCUUCCCAGGAAUUGGGUCGCAUGCAGAAGUCCUUGAUGGAAGAACAGAAUUACCGUUACCGCGACCUCUUCGCACCGGGAUUGAGAGGAAGGAUGCUCGUCGGCGUUGGUCUCGUCGUCCUACAGCAGUGCACCGGUCAAACAAACGUCACCUACUACGCCCCAACUCUCCUCCAGCACCUAGGAUUCUGCUCCAACGUGGCUGCCACCCUGGCUUCCGUGGGACUAGGGGUGGUCAAGGUUGGCUCAGCCAUCUUCGCCCUGCUGGUUCUGGACCGCCUGGGCCGUCGCAUCUGUCUCUUGUCCGGGACGCUUCUCAUGGCGGUCAGCAUCUUCGCCCUGGGGAUCCUCGCCAAGUACUCCUACGGCGGCGGGGGCCAUGCUAUCCCGCUACGCUGCCGUGACGGACCUGCCCUCUUCAACGACUCCGAGCGUCUGCCCGAAGCGACAGAGAAGCGUGACGGUAGCCGCUCCUCUAUCGGCGCAGCGGCGGCGGAAGAGUAUCAGUGUGUGGGUGUACCUAAGGGCUCGGCCAUCCAGAGGGCGCUCACGCUGGCCGCUCUCAUGACCUACGUGUUCGCCUACGGAGUCGGCUUUGGCACGACGACCUGGCUGAUCCUCAGCGAAAUCUUCCCAGCGGCUGUCAGGGGCCGAGCCAUAGCUGUGGCCACCUCUGCAAACUGGGCGGCCAACGUGGUUGUGUCGGCCUCCUUCCUCACCGUGCUGGACAUCCUGGGCAUCGGUGACACGCUGCUAAUGUACUCCGGCGUGUGCAUGCUGUCGUUGGUGUUCAUAUUCCUGUGCGUUCCGGAGACCAAGCACAAGACGCUCGAGGAGAUCACCUCCGAACUUGAUCAAGGGCUAAACCGGUGGCGGACGAUCCUCCCAAGACGGUGGGGAAGUUCAUCGGACUACACGUUGCGUGGGCCGGCCUGAAGCGAACGAAAAGACGUUACAGGCACUUACUUCUACAACGAAAGAAACAUUCCGGUUACUUGGCACCGACAGAUACCGAGUGUGUGCCGUGCGAACGCCGCCGUGAACCUGAACAAAGACUUGUGCGCAGUCCAGCGACUACGGCUCCGUAGCCUGUCUACGCUUGGCAGGACGUGACUGUGCAAAGUGCGGAAAUGCCUGAUAAAUGACAGCGUGCUCGGUCCUACGGCGUGACGUUCACGGGACCACGGAGCUACGCUGGAGGGCUGAGCGCGAGCAGUGUUCUUGAGACCUUGACAUCUUGUUCGGGUGUCGCGAAACUUGUCCUUAUUCUAGGACUCCCACCUAUAGACCGUCGGUUGUUGCUUUUUCAGUGGCCGCUAGUCGGCGAAUACGGCCAGCAGCUUCGACACACUGAAAGUCUAACGUGUAGCCCUCGAAGGGCGUUGGAGUUGCCCGUACUGACGUCACAUAUGCUUAUUAUCAAACUCUUGAAAGUGCCUCUUAUUGUGUUGGGCCUGAACCAAGUGACAACCUGCGCAAAUGGCUGUGCAGCGCGAACUUUAUGUGAGAACGAUGCUCGGCAAUAUAUGUCAAGUUGUAGUCGGCUUUGAGCGGGGUCGCCGAGAUUGACCAAGUGACCCAGCCGUGUUACGUGAUUUUUCUGCUGGACUGUUCGGUCUUUCAAGGUUAACAGAAGUGUGCGUUCUUAAAGCACAACACAAGCACUCACCCAGUCGGUGACCCUCCCCGUGAUUGUCAUCUGGUGCCCAGUCUUGUGUGUUGCGCAGUACAAACCAUGUAAGUGCUAGCAGACGACAAGGAAGAGGACAGCGAACAAAGCAACACUCUCGUAGGCCGAGGCAGGACGCAGUUGUGAAAGACGAGCAGAAAACGCUGCUCUUGUCACGUGGUAGCCAGGAAGAGUGAAACAGCCGAAUGCGCAGUCCCUUCAUCUCUUUUGUUCGUUACUAGAAUUUGUUGUGACGCCAGGUGAGGGCUCGGAGCGCCACCAAAAACGUCUGCUUGAUAUUGCACUGACAGAGCCGUGCCGCUGACUUCUUGUAUCACCUGCCGGAAGGCAGUAUGUACUACUAUGUAGUACGUGUUCCUAAGAUGAACUCCUUCACGUUCAGCUGAUAAUAGUUUUAUGUAUAUAAAGAAACAACGAAAAGGAAAGGGUGUGCUCAACUGAAAAGCAAGCAUAAGGCUCGAAAGCAGAAGAAUUCAAAAGUUUGACCUGCGCCAUAAAACAUUUGAUGCAUGCAAGUUUUAUAUAUACAUGUAUAGUUCGUUAUGUCCGAUUGAGUUUAACAAGGAUCAGUCGGGGCUACUUAGGGCAAUCAGCGCCUGGGCAUGAGGUGCCGUCAUCUGUACCUGUGAAUAGUAUUUUGCACUCCUAUACAUGAUAUGCACUUCGAGUUAUGCCGGCAACCUUAGGCUGCGGCUUUUCCCGCUGACUUGAACACUGGAUGCACUGUUAUAAUUGGCAAAAGCAUUGAAAGACACUGGCGAAGGUGCCUGAUCUGUGGUUUAGGUCACUUGUGAGCGCGCAUCGACCUGUACAAUGGCUCGCUAUCUUAGUUUAUUUGUUAGCGUGAUGAAGACUAUCUUCAAGCCCCUGUAUCCGGCGUGCAAAGCUGUACAGCGCUGUUUUUAUACGAGGUGUAUUAUAGAAUCUUACACUUGUCGAUCAACGUUGAAUUCUGCAUCGCCGUAGUGUAAGUGGCGAUUUG